GCACGAAUUCCUUUUAUUGGUUCUUAUCUUUAGUCUACUUCAAAUAUCCUGUAGAAAGACAAAAGAACCGACAGAGAUGAGGUGUAACAAGGGACCUGGGAUUCUGGUACUUACCAUUUCUAUUCUGCACUUAGCAGUGUCCAUAUCCUUGGGGGAUUCUCGAUCCCUUGGCGCUUCUGAAUCUGUGGUUUCUUUAUCUGCACGGGCCACAACACAUGAUGACCAUGACGACUGCCAUCGACGCCAUUCCUAUUACAGAGAUGUGUUCGACAAUGCAGAAAAGGAAAAUUGUUUUUCACCAUACUCAGUAUUCCAACACUUGGAUUAUCUUCGACGACACGAUCGUAAUUGUUUGUUACAAUUAAUUGGGAAAAUGGCAAAUCCUCAUUCCGAUAGAUGUAGAAGUUCCCACUCCUUCCAAGGCAUUAUGAAUACUUACUUAACUCAGGCCUACCAUCUACCCGGAGCAACAUCUAGAAUACAAUGUCAUAGUCGUAGCAAAGUAUGGAGAGACCUUCUACAAUUAAGAAAUAUGGACUCCCAUUGCAUUGAUGAUUUUGUGUCUCAUAUGUACGCUGCCUAUACUCAUAACCACGAACCAAGCUGUCAUAAUGCCUGUCAUAGUUCUUCUACUCACACUUCUUACACUACGCACACUCAGGGUACUUCCCCUCCGACGACCAUCCAUUCCUCCCACCACCACCUAUCACAAAGUGAAAAAUAUGAACUUUUUAAGAAAGGGGAGUGUCUUAGUGAACAUACAGGUAUGUUUUUCUAA